UAAAAUAAAAAAGGGUGUAAAAAGCAAAAACCAUUUCAAAUUCUCGCCUAUUUGCUAAACCCCAACGUCAUUUUUCAUCCCAAAAUUCAAAACCCCAGCAUUUCCGCCAUUUCGUGCCACACUAGUCGCCAUUUCCGCCAUGUCGACAACGAAAGUGAACAACAGCACCGCAAAAUCGUGCCCUUACACCGUAACCGUUCGCCGGAACCCUCCCCGGAGAGCUCGUGCUACUCCUUCCCACGGAAUCACACCGUUUCCCAACGAAGAAAUUUUGUCUGAGCAAAUAUCAAAAUUUCCAGCAGCAACAUCAGAAGAUGAUGAGAUUCCGAAAAAUCAAUCAACAUCCGAGAAUGAGAAUCCGAUCAAUCCAACUCCAUCGGAGAACGAGAAUCUGAAGGUAUUUCUCAGAAUCCGUCCGUCUCAACCUCCAAAUCAAGCUCCGCGCGUGAGAGCCAAAACCGCGUGGCCGAAAAAUCAAACUAAAAACGUAACUAACAAUUUGAAGAAGAAAAGCUCCUCUUCGUGUAUAUCCAUUAACGAUACACAGUCAGUGACAUUAUUAGUUCCUUCGGAUUUGCAAGACGCGAAGAGACUGAAAUCAGAAACAUACGGUGGUUUCACUCACGUUUUCCCUUCCGAUUCAUCUCAGUUGGAAGUUUACGAGAGAAUGGUGAAACCUAUGGCGGAGGAGUUUACCAAGGGUAAAAGUGGAAUGCUGGCAGCAUUAGGUCCCAGUGGGUCUGGGAAGACUCAUACUGUUUUCGGAACCCCGAGGGACCCUGGAAUGGUACCUCUUGUUCUACGCCAUAUUUUCAAGGAGACCGAGGCUUCUAGAUCCUAUUACAUAGCUAUAUUCGAGAUAUAUACUGAACGAGGAAAAUCAGAAAAACUGUUUGAUUUAUUACCAGAUGGCAGUGAACUAAGUAUGCAGCAAUCCACCAUAAAAGGCCAGAAAGAGGUUCUCAUCUCUAAUGCUGAACAGGCAGAAUCCUUGAUAGCACAAGCUGUGAUAAAACGUGCAACUGCAAUGACAAAUACCAACAGUCAGUCGAGCCGGUCACAAUGCAUCAUAAACAUUCGCGACGGUCCUAAAAAAGGUAAAGGAGUGGUCAAUUCUAAGUCAAACAAUGCUGUUUUGACUAUCAUUGACCUUGCUGGAGCUGAAAGAGAAAAAAGAACAGGAAAUCAGGGGACAAGAUUGGUUGAAAGCAAUUUUAUCAACAACACGUUGAUGGUGUUUGGCUUAUGUUUAAGAUCUUUAUUGGAGCACCAAAAAAAUCCCAAGAAACAAUUGCAGAAGCACUUCCAAAAUUCUAUGUUAACAAGGUAUCUGCGAGACUAUUUGGAGGGCAAGAAGCGCAUGACCUUGCUUUUAACAGCCAAGUCGGGAGAGGAUGAUUAUCUUGAUACAUCUCACCUACUUAGACAAGCUUCUCCUUACAUGCAAAUCAAGUAUAAUGAAGUUGAACCAUCAAUAAAUAUGGUUCCAAAAAAAAGGAAUCACCAAGCUUCUUCCAUAAUUGAUAGUGCAAAACAAUCACCUUCAUUAGCACAUUUAAAGAGGAUGAAACUCGUUAGUGAACAUACUGUGCAGGCUGGAAAGGGUGUUGAAGAAUGUCACACUUCGAAGAAAGUGUCUAAAUUCGAUGCUAGCAGUUCUGUCCCUGAAAAGGGUGUUGAAGAAUGUAACACUUCGAAGAAAGAUACUUCAACAGUGUCUAAAUUCAAUGCUAGCAGUUCUGUCCCUGAAAAGGGUGUUGAAGAAUGUAACACUUCGAAGAAAGAUACUUCAACAGUGUCUAAAUUCAAUGCUAGCAGUUCUAUCUCUGAAAAGGGUGUUGAAGAAUGCAACACUUCGAAGAAAGAUACUUCAGUGUCUAAAUUCGAUGCUAGCUGUGCUGUCCCUGAAAAGGGUGUUGAAGAAUGUAACACUUCAAAGAAAGAUGCUUCAACAGUGUCUAAAUUCGAUGCUAGCAGUUCUGUCACUUUAAAGUCAGAGUGCAAUAGCCAUGUCGGAAGCGAGAGAAAUCACAUUAUAAUGAGGAAUUUUGCAAGAGUUAUAUGGAAUGUAUUGAAGCAAUACAAUUCCAAAAUUAAGGUUGCGGAAAGUGAAAUACUCAGUCUCAAAGAAAGCAUAGGAUAUGAAAAGGAAAGAAAUCUAGAGUUGGAAACGCAGCUGAAUGCCUUCAGGGCUGCCUGUACUUGUUGCAAAGGAGGAAAUGAAAAAACCAAUAUUGAAGAUGGUUCAUUAGUUGAUCUUGAUCACUUGCAUGAUUUGGACCAAGAGGAAACCUUUGAGGCAGAGUCACCAUCUGAGCCUAGAAUCGACCUAUCAGAUGAAGAGCAUAUACUGGGUACUACUAGUACAAUGUUUGAUUCUAAAAAAUCAGAAAGGAAAGUUUCAGUCUCCUCGUCAAAGUCGGGGCAUCAUAAUGCUUUGGAGGCUGAUGACGAGAGCAAGGAUACAUUUCAUGCGCAACCUUCUUCUGAGCCUAUACUUAAUGUGUCCAAUGAAGAGCCUACUGUUUUUUCUGAGCCUAUACUUAAUGUGUCCAAUGAAGAGCCUAUUGUUUCUUCCCACACACUGUUAGAUUCUGAAAAAUCAGAUAGGGAAGUCUCUGUUUCAUGGUCAAUGCCUGUGUGUCAUAACGAUUUGGAAGUAGAUGCUAUGUGCAAGAUAUCUAGCGAAAUAUUUCAUUCAGAGUCAUCACCUGAGCCGUCUAAAGAAGAGCAUAUGCUUGGUUCUAGCUGCACGGUGUUAGAACCUGAAAAAUCAGAUAGGGAAGUCUCAGAAUCAUUAUCAAACUCAGGAAUUCAUGAGGCUUUUGAAGUUAAUGCUGUGAGGACCGUACCUAAUGAAACAUUAAAUGCAGAGUCACCAUCUAAGUCUAGAAUUGACCAGUUGGGUGAAGAACAUAUGCUUGGUUCUACCUGUACGAAGUUAGACUCUGAAAUACCAGAUAGGGAAGUCUCAGUCUCUUCAUCAAAGCCUGGGCAUGGUAAUUCUUUGGAGGUUGACGCUGAAACACUAAAUGCAGAGUCACCAUCUAAGCCUAGAAUUGACCAGUUGGGUGAAGAACACAUGCUUGGUUCUACCUGUACGAAGUUAGACUCUGAAAUACCAGAUAGGGAAGUCUCGGUCUCUUUAUCAAAGCCUGGGCAUGAUAAUUCUUUGGAGGUUGACGCUGAAACGUUAAAUUCAGAGUCACCGUCUAAGUCGAGAAUUGACCAGUUGGGUGAAGAACAUAUUGGUUCUACCUGUACGAAAUUAGACUCUGAAAUACCAGAUAGGGAAAUCUCAGUCUCUUCAUCAAAGCAUGGGCAUGAUAAUUCUUUGGAGGUUGACACUGAAAUGUUAAAUGCAAAGUCACCAUCUAAGCCAAUAAUUGACCCGUUGAGUGAAGAACGUAUGCUUGAUUCUACUUGUACGAAGUUAGACUCUGAAAUACCAGAUAGGGAAGUCUCAAUCUCUUCAUCGAAGCCUGGGCUUGAUAAUUCUUUGGAGGUUGACGCUGAAACAUUUCACGCACAGACAUCAUCUGAGCCCAUGACUGGUCCUGGCAGACAGUUGCAUAUGGAAAAUUCAAAUAGUUUAGUCUUGGAUGUUUUGGCCUCCUCAUCAAAACCAGAGGAUCAUAAGGAUUUGGUAGUUGAAGCUAAGAGCAAGAUACCGAGUGAAUUGUUAGAUUCUUCGCUGUCAACAAAAGAUGGUAUUUUGGAUCCUUCAUUGCCCAAAGAUGUCUCAUCUACUGAAACCCAGAAAGAUAAAGUAGUCAGUAACUCCUGCAAGCCGCCUAGGUCGAAAAGGACACUUAUGCCUUCCUCAUCCAUUUUAUCAAGAAACUUGAGCACCUUUGAUCUUUUUGACGAAUCCGAGAAAUCAAAGGAGAACAGGGGCACACGGAAGUUGGGUGCACGUGAUGAUCCUAAAAGAUCAAAUGGAAGCAUCUCUCUGCUCCACAUGCUCCAUGGUAGAAAAGGAAAUAUUCGUCACUAGAGUAGCCACCAAACCCUUUUUGUAGAAAAUGCUUGGGACAAGGGAUAGUCUUGAUUUGGUCUGCGGUUGGUGAAGAGACAUUACAAUUUUUGGAAUAUCUUAUGCCUUAUAGUUAUAAGCUUUGGUUAUUUGAACUAAAUACUUACUGCAAACAUUUGCUUACUUAUUUGUAAGUAAUGCUGCAGUUGUAGUGGCAUAGCAGAAAUGUUGCAACUGUAAUUUUUUGAAUUAAUUAGUUACUGCAGUGCUAACAAAAAGUGUUGCAACCUAGAUGUAUAUAUAUUAUACACACGACCUCCAAACCUAGAGAAAUGAAAUCUUACUCUUUCUA